AUGAAAGAAGAGAAGAAGCAGCCCCUGAGGCUGCCACCCACCCCCCUCCUCAAAAAAAUAUUUUUUCCAGUCCCAGAGAAGAGGUCACCCUUCCUCAAAAAAGGGAGGGGGCGAGUCAGUCGACGAGGAAAGCAGAAAGAAAUCUCCAGCGGGAGAGACACCGGUGUGCCGCCGCCGCCGCCUCUUCUCUUCGCCCAGCCUGAGGGAGAAGCACGGCCAGGAAGCGCCGGGAACGCCGCUCUCACCGCCGCCGCUAACACUGCCACCGCCGCCGCCGCGAGAGCCCCGAGCCGGAGGGUGCACGGCGUGUCCCCCGGCGGCUGCAGCGGGAGCCCGGGCACGGCCCCAUCCUCCGCCCGCCUGCCUCGCUCAGCUCCCGCUCCUCCCCCUCCGCGGCCGGCCCACCGCCGCCGCCGCCCGCCUCAGCCCAGCCCCGCGCCCGCCCGCGCGCGCCGCGCGCACGCGCACCUCCCUCCCCGCGCCUCGCUCGGCGCGCGCUCCCGCCCCCGCGGCCCCGGCCGGCUGGAUCACGUGGCCGGCCGGGCUCCCUCCACCCCGCCCUCCCCAGUUGUAGAGUGUGUAGAAAGCAAAAGGCUGGGGGCUGGCCACGCUCGCGAGCCCAGGGCAUGCGCGCUGGGGCGGCCGGGCCUGCGCACUGGGGGAGGAGGGGAGCCAGGAAUGGGGAGCUAG